CGCUGCGCCUGCUACCUAGCGCGGCGCCCGGGGCACUGGCUGGAGACAGGGCUAUGGCAGGGCCCGAAGCAUCCUUUGACCCCACCUCGGGUUGGAAGCGCCACAUUGUGCGACAGCUACAGCAGCGGGACCGCACGCAGAAGGCACUUUUCCUGGAGCUGGUGCCGGCCUAUAAUCAUCUCCUAGAAAAAGCUGAGCUGUUGGCCAAAUUCUCAGAGAAGCUUCAUAUGAAGCCAAAUGAUAUUACUUCUGCCACCCAUCAGAGCUUCUGGGAGGAGUCAGGGUCUGACUCAGACCAAAGCUCACCACCAGACACUCUGAGGGUGAAGUGGCAGGAGGAGGAGGAGGAGGGGCUCCGCCUGGACUGUGGUGAGAUGGCCUACCAGGUGGUGAAGAAGAGUGCAGCCUUGGAUGCCCUGCAGUCGGAGCUGGAGGAGCGGCAAAGCAGGCUGGCGGCUGUGGAGGCCCACGUGGCGCAGCUGCGGGAGGCGAGGGCGCAGCAGGUCAGCCUGGUGGAGGAGCUACGGAAGCAGAAUGCGGCGCAGCGGAAGGCCUACGAGGCGCUGCGCGUGCACACUGGGCACCAAGAGGCGGCACUGCGCAGGCUCCAGGAGGAGGCGCGCGAUCUGCUGGAGCAGCUCUUGCAACGCAAGGAGCGCGCCGCAGCCGAGUGCAACUUGCGCAACGAGCGCCGAGAGCGGGCCAAUCAGGCGCGGGUGUCCCAGGAACUAAAGAAGGCUGCCAAACGGACUGUGAGCAUCAGCGAGAUUCCACACACUCUACAUGAUGGGAUCAGAGAGCAGACAGAGACUCUGGCUCUGGCUAUUAAGCCUGAGUCCCUGGAGAGUGAGGCUUGUGGGAAGUGGAAAAGGCCUUUCAGGUCUGCCUCAGCCACCUCUCUGACUCUGUCCCACUGUGUGGAUGUGGUGAAGGGGCUGCUAGAUUUCAAGAAGAGGAGAGGUCACUCAAUUGGGGGUGCUCCUGAGCAGCGAUACCAGAGCAUCCCUGUGUGUGUGGCUGCACGACUUCCUACUUGGGCUCAAGAUGUCCUGGAUGCCCACCUUUCUGAGGUCAAUGCUGUAUGUUUUGGCCCUAACAGCAGUCUCCUGGCCACUGGUGGGGCUGACUGUCUUAUCCACCUCUGGAAUGUGGUAGGAGGUCGCCUGGAGGCCAACCAGACCCUUGAGGGAGCUGGUGGCAGCAUCACCAGUGUGGACUUCGACCCCUCGGGCUCCCAGGUUUUGGCAGCUACUUACAAUCAGGCUGCCCAGCUCUGGAAGGUGGGAGAGGCACGGUCCAAGGUGAGACCUGACUGGGAAGGCAGCCUAGGGGAGGUGCUAUUAUGGGGUCUUGGCCAUGCCUUUGAUCCAGACUUGGGAUGGGGGCAGGAAACACUGUCUGGACACAAGGACAAGGUGACAGCUGCCAAAUUCAAGCUAACAAGACACCAGGCGGUGACUGGGAGCAGAGACCGGACAGUGAAGGAGUGGGACCUUGGCCGUGCCUACUGUUCCAGAACUAUCAAUGUCCUUUCCUAUUGUAACGACGUGGUGUGCGGGGACCACAUCAUCAUUAGUGGCCACAAUGACCAGAAGAUCCGGUUCUGGGAUAGCAGGGGUCCCCGCUGCACCCAGGUCAUUCCUGUGCAGGGCCGGGUCACCUCUCUGAGCCUCAGCCAUGACCAGCUGCACUUGCUCAUCUGCUCCAGAGAUAACACACUCAAGGUCAUCGACCUCCGGGUCAGCAAUAUCCGCCAGGUGUUCAGGGCUGAUGGCUUCAAAUGUGGUUCUGACUGGACCAAAGCUGUGUUCAGCCCUGACAGAAGUUAUGCACUGGCAGGCUCCUCAAAUGGAGCCCUUUACAUCUGGGAUGUUGACACUGGGAAACUGGAGAGCAGCCUUCAGGGCCCCCACUGUGCUGCAAUCAACGCUGUGGCCUGGUGCUGCUCCGGGAGCCACGUGGUGAGCGUGGACCAGGGCAGGAAGGUUGUGCUCUGGCGCUAGGACUACGCCCCCUCAGCCUGGGCUGGAGAACAGCUUCCCUCCGCUUCACAGGGCUCCAGAGCCCACAGGGUGGGGGUGGCCUCCAAAUUUAAUGGGGAAGAAGGCCCAGAAGGACUUGGCCUGUUUGUUUAAAAACAGUGUUCUUGUUUAAAAAGUC